AUGCCAGGAUACUCAGAGUUUUACUUCAAUGUGGACCAUGGCUACCUGGAGGGUCUGGUCCGAGGGUUCAAAGGUGGGAUCUUGACAAGUGCGGACUACGUCAAUUUAGCACAGUGUGAGACACUAGAAGAUCUGAAGUUGCAUCUACAGACUACAGACUAUGGCAAUUUCUUGGCAAAUGAAACUGGUCCUCUCACUGUUUCCACCAUCGAUGAAAAACUGAAAACAAAACUACUCACAGAAUUUCAUUACUUCAGAAACCAUGCUUUUGAACCACUCGCCACUUUUCUGAAUUUUGUCACAUACAGCUAUAUGAUUGACAAUGUAAUUCUUUUAAUAACUGGCACAUUACAUCAGCGACCCAUAGCUGAGCUUGUUCCCAAGUGCCAUCCAUUGGGGAGCUUUGAGCAAAUGGAAGCAGUCAGCAUUGCCUCAAACCCCACUGAACUCUUCAAUGCAAUUUUGGUUGACACACCAUUAGCUGCAUUUUUUCAAGACUGCCUGUCUGAAAACGACCUGGAUGAAAUGAACAUUGAAAUAAUGCGCAACAAACUGUACAAGUCUUAUCUCGAGGCAUUUUAUAAGUUUUGUGAAAAACAAGGUGGUACUACAGCAGAAAUAAUGAGACCUAUUCUUGAGUUUGAGGCAGACAGACGCGCUUUUAUCAUCACCAUUAAUUCAUUUGGCACUGAGCUGAGUAAAGAUGACCGAGAGAAGCUGUAUCCAACCUGUGGAAAACUUUAUCCAGAAGGCUUGCACCUGUUGGCCAAUGCAGAUGACUACGAGCAAGUGAAGUGUGUUGCAGAAUACUAUGCAGAAUACAAGGCUGUGUUUGAAGGUGUAGGGAGUGGCACUGGAGAAAAGACACUGGAAGACGCAUUUUUUGAACAUGAGGUAAAGCUGAAUGUGCUUGCAUUCAACAACCAGUUUCAUUUUGGAGUAUUUUAUGCCUAUGUGAAGUUAAAGGAACAAGAAUGCAGGAAUAUUGUAUGGAUUGCUGAAUGCAUUUCUCAGAGACACAGAACAAAAAUUAACAACUACAUUCCAAUUUUCUAA